UCUCAAUGAAGCGACCCGAGUGGAGGAAAGCCGAUGCCAGAGAGACCUGGUGACCUACAUUUCACCGAGGUGUUUCGGCUGCUCCUGCCUUCGCGUACAGUACUUAAUCCGACCCACGAAGAGCGUAUGCUAUGCAUUUUCAGGUGUGGUUGCAGUCCAUUCAAGCCAACGGUAGACUCAAAGUGCCUGAAUCAGAGGACGUCUGGAGUCUCCUUCCCUCGUUUCCUCUGUCCUCCUUCUCCCUGUCCUCCCUCUCUCUGUCCUCCCCCUACCUGUUGGGCAUAGGUGCUCUGGCCUCGCUCACCGUGUACUGGCUGGUUACCCGUCCUCGACCCAUGCGUCCGCCCUGCGAUCUCCAGGCUCAGUCUGUAGCUGUCGAGGGAAAUCCCAGCUGCAGGCGAUCGGCUCUUCUUAAGGAUGACGCGCUGCUGGAGUUUUACUACGAGGACACCAGGACGGUGUACGACAUCUUCAAGAGGGGCCUCCGGAUCGCAGGAAGUGGCCCGUGUCUUGGCUUCAGGAAACCGGGGCAGCCCUACCAGUGGAUCCCCUACACCGAGGUGGCGGCGCAGGCGCAGAUGCUGGGCUCCGGGCUGCUGGCCAAAGGCUGCCAGCCCAACCCUGAGCAGUUUGUUGGGAUAUUUGCACAGAACAGACCAGAGUGGGUCAUCGCAGAGCUGGCCUGCUACACCUACUCCAUGGCAGUGGUGCCCCUGUAUGAUACCCUGGGGCUGGAGGCAAUGGUCCACAUCUUCAACCUGGCCGAGAUCUCUUUGGUGUUCUGCGACCGGGAGGAGAAGGCCUCGUCCCUCAUGGACAACAAGGUGAAAGGCGCGGUGCCGACCCUGUCCUGCCUGGUGCUCUUCGGUGACUUCAGCGGAGACCUGCUGGAGAGGGGAAAGGAGUGUGGGGUGGAGGUUUUAAAACUGCAGGAGCUCAUGGAUCUGGGAAGACAGAACCUCAAAGAUCCUGUGCCGCCCCAACCGCAGGAUCUGGCAGUGGUCUGCUUCACCAGUGGAACCACAGGCAAGCCCAAGGGAGCCAUGAUCACCCACGGCAACAUCGCCUCCAACACUUCCUCUGUUAUUAAGAUCCUGGAGGGUUCGUUCGUGAUCCAGCAGGAGGACGUGUCGAUCUCCUAUCUGCCCCUGGCCCAUAUGUUUGAGAGGAUGAUUCAGGUUUCCAUGUUCUGCCACGGCGCCAGAGUAGGAUUCUACCAGGGGGACAUUUCCCUCCUCAUGGACGACAUCAAAACUCUCAAACCGACUUUCUUUCCCGUCGUGCCUCGCAUACUCAACCGCAUCUACGACAAGAUCCUAGGCUCUGUGACCUCUCCGCUGAGGAGGACUCUGCUCCACUAUGCCGUGAGGAGGAAACAGGCUGAGCUCAGCAGCGGGGUUGUGCGUAACAACAGUCUGUGGGACAAACUGGUGUUCAACAGGAUUCAGGCCAGUUUAGGAGGUAAUCUGAGGUUCAUCCUGACGGCGUCGGCACCCAUCUCCCCCGUUGUGCUGUCCUUCCUCAGAGCCACCCUGGGCUGUCUCAUCUUUGAGGGUUACGGUCAGACCGAGUGCACUGCAGGCUGCACCUUCUCCAUGCCGGGGGAUUGGACUGCAGGUCACGUCGGUGCCCCUUUGCCCUGCACGGUGGUAAAACUGGUGGACAUCCCCGAGAUGAACUACUACGCCAAGAACGGAGAGGGCGAGAUCUGUAUUCGCGGCCACAGCGUGUUCCGCGGCUACCUGAGGGACGCCGAGAGGACAGCGGAGGCCUUGGACAGCGACGGCUGGUUGCACAGCGGGGACGUGGGGCAAUGGCUUCCGAAUGGGACGCUACGCAUCAUUGACAGGAAGAAGCACAUCUUCAAGUUGUCCCAGGGAGAGUACAUCGCUCCAGAGAAGAUAGAGAACAUCUACAUGCGCUGCUUCCCCAUACUGCAGGUGUUUGUACAUGGAGAUAGUUUACAGUCCUACCUUAUUGGCAUUGUCGUACCCGACCCAGAGGUGUUCGCCGACUGGGCUAAGGAGCGAGGAUUUGUGGGCUCCUUGGAGGAGCUGUGCCAGAAUCCAGACGUAAAGAAAGCAGUGUUAGAGGACAUGAGGGCAGUGGGCAAGGAGGCCGGCCUCAAGUCUUUCGAGCAGGUGCGGGACCUUUACUUGCACCCCGAGAUGUUCAGCGUGGCCAACGGCCUCCUUACCCCCACCCUGAAGAGCAGACGCGUGGACAUCCGCAGGGUUUUCCAAGAACAGAUCUCAAGCAUGUACAGCAAGAGUGCCCCUUAAAGGACCCAUGAAGUCGCAACGCGUCGCGAUGUCCAGCGAUGGACCGAAAUGGUACCAAGAACAGCGAAUCAUGUUACACGUUAAACCAUUGGACAGUGCCUUACCCCAACACCAGAUUUGUUUUGAAACGUGGGCAUUUUGCCCCAGGAAACCCGGGUUUCCGUCCACGUCCAUCUACGCCUCUUCUUGCACAUUUGUGAGAUACAUUAACCGUUUACAUGCCAGGUAUAACGCAGUACAACGGUAAAUGUACAAAAAAAAAUUUAUCUUUGCUGAAUAUUAUGUAAAUGAUCUUACUCAAGCGCCUAGUGCUCCGAUUUUGGAAGUUUACGUAGUUUGAUCGGCUUCAUUCUGAAUCACGACCCCCUGUCCUAAUUUCCAGCCUUCAUUCAGUGGUAAUUUUUUACUUUUGACGAAGUAAAUUAUUCUAGAACUGUAGCGAUCGGAGUAUUAGAGGUUGUGAAGCACCGCCAUCCAGUAGCUUGAAACGUUGUGGACGAGUCAAACCAUUCCCAUUUGCAACGCUCCACUCCGCGCUCAAGGGUGGAGUUUAAGGGACAUGUGACCUCAUUCAUCAAUCAUUCGCAUGUACAAAUUUUGUUCUUACACGCCCAUGGAAUUUUUUAGCUCUCAACAUGGUCUGACAGGUUGUAGCAAAGCCUGAUGGGUAUUUGUAAUUCCUUCCCCCUAACAUCUAUCGCCUACUUCUUCUUACGAGCAAUCGCCCAGGCUUGCUAGAGUGCUAGCCUUUUUUUUUUUUUUCAGCCUCCCAGACAAAGUUCAGGGCUAAAAAAAAUCCCACGGGCGUGGAAGAACAAAUCUGUACGGACGAUUGAUGAACGAGGCCCGGUGUUCCUUGUUAUGCUCGUAACAUUUCCUGUAACCCGCAUCAAACGUUGAAUUUAUAAGUGUUACCACCACUUUCCAAUUCAAGUUUAACUGUAAAUAUUAAUAUUGUGAAGAGGACACUACUAACUCCAGUAAAGCUUAGUCACGGUAAACUGCUGUGUUCGGUGUAUCACUGCGGUCAUGGGGGGGAGAAAGCUCCUUU